AUCUUCCCCGCAGCCUGCCCAGCCAUGGCAGCCUCGCUGAGCCGCCCCUGCUUCAUCUCCCUCCACGUGCCCUACAGGCAAGGCUGGGCCCAGGACCUGGCCACCACCUUUCGCUUCCAGCCCGUGGCUGUGCGGGAGACACCUGAGCGCCUGGCACUGGCCCCUGCCGGUGCCUCUUCCCACAAUUUCCUCUAUGACGUGGACCCCCAGCCCGCCUUGGGCACGGCCUCCAACAUCUGCUUUGAGGUGGAUGAUGUGCCAGGGCUAUGUAAGUGGCUGCAGAGCCAGGGAUGCUCCUUGCCGGUGCCGCCCACGGAGGUGAGGGAUCAUGGCGGCUCCGUCACCUAUGGGGUGGCAAGCUCCAUUGUGGGCAACAUCAGCCAUACACUUCUGGACCGAUCCCACUACCGGGGACCCUUCCUGCCUGGCUUCCAGCCCAUCCAGGGAGCCCCCUCGUCCACGGGGGACGGGAUUGAGAUCACGCACUUCGACCACAUCACGUAUGUCUGCCCGCCGGGCGGUACCCGGGCAGCCCUGGACUGGUACCAGCGCUGCUUCGGUCGAGAGAGGCCAGCUGGGGGGUACGUGCUCGGCGGGAAGGGGGUGGGCAUGCGGCUCCUCGCGCUGCAGGGCGCCCAGGGUGCCCCAGCACACGGCUGCAAGCUCGUCCUCGCUGAGUCCCUCUCGGAGGAGUGCACGAACCAAGUCGACACCUUCCUAGAGCAGCAUGGUGGGGCUGGGAUCCAGCACGUCGGCCUCCGCACCACCGACAUCAUCACCACGACCAGGGCUUUGCAACAAGGGGGUGCACGGUUCUUCACACCCCCCACAGCCUAUUACAGCCAGGGGGGCAAAGAGGAGGAGAUCCGGGGGGCCGGGCAGGACCCCCAGGCACUGGCAGAGCUGGGCAUCCUGCUGGACACCGCAGUGCCUGGGGACAAGGGUCGGCCAGGCACUGAUGCCACAGAGAGCCCUUCCCAGGAGUAUCUGAUGCAGAUCUUCACCCAUCCCAUCUUCUCUGAGGAGACUUUCUUCCUGGAGCUCAUUGACCGGAGAGGAGCGCCGGGCUUUGGGGAAGGCAAUAUACGGGCACUGUGGAAAGCUGUGCAGAUCUAUAUGGACCAGCAGCAGUAG